AUGUGUAAAGUCACACAAAGUCGCCUCAUCAAGGUCCGGUGCGAUUUGAAAGUUACCGAUCACUGUGCUUCUUCGCCCUGUAAACAUGGCGGGAUUUGUACAUCCUGUUCAACAACGUUUUCAUGUCAGUGUGUAGAUGGUUAUGAAGGAAACACGUGUGAGGUUACCGACCAUUGUGUCUCUUCUCCCUGCCAACAUGGCGGAAAUUGUACAUCCGGUUCAACAACUUACUCAUGUCAGUGCGCAGAUGGUUAUAAAGGAAACAAGUGUGAAGUUAUCGAUCACUGUGCCUCGUCCCCUUGUAACCAUGGAGGAAAUUGUACAUCUGGGGAAACAACUUUUUCAUGUCAGUGCGCAGAUGGUUAUAAAGGGAGCAAGUGUGAAGACACCGAUUACUGUGCUUCUUCUCCAUGUCAAAAUGGCGGAAACUGUACAUCUGGUCAAACAACGUUCGUAUGCAAGUGUAAGGAUGGCUUUGUCGGAUAUACGUGUGACGUGAAAAGUUGCAUGGAGAUAUUACAAAGUAACAUAAGCUUGGUAGGACAAGAUGGGAUAUAUCAGAUAAGCGUAGGUGGACAUGAAAGGAAGGUGUACUGUGACAUGACAACUGACGGAGGAGGGUGGACGGCCAUACAAAGAAGACAAGAUGGUUCUACGGAUUUUAAUCAAACUUGGGAUAAUUACAAAAAUGGAUUUGGAGAACCACCCAAAGAUUACUGGAUUGGAAAUGAUAUUAUCAACAUUCUUACGAACACUGAUAAUUAUGAACUUCGGGUGGACAUUACGAGUUUUGUUGACAAAACAGCAUAUGCCUUGUAUUCUACAUUUCGGAUCGGGAAUGAAAGCAGCAAAUACAUAAUAACUGUGUCCGGAUAUACAGGAACAGCGGGAGACGGAUUGAGAAACAAGAGUGGAAAGCUAUUCUCUACAUAUGAUCAUGAUAAUGAUCGGGACGACAAUCGUAACUGCGGGGCAGAAAACUAUGGAGGUUGGUGGUACAGCUAUUGCAUAACAUCUAACUUGAACGGAAAAUUCGCGAACCGUCUUCAAUUUGGUUAUCACUACGCGGUCUGGACGCCUUGGACCCAAAAUGUAGCGAUGCCUUAUCGAGACGAUGCGGCAUUAAAGAAGACCAUGAUGAUGAUAAGGCCAAAGCUUAGAAAAUGAUAUCACGUCUUAGAUUGUCUAUACAUUAUCCAGAAAUAAAUAU